AUGUCCGUCAACAUCCAAGAACUCGACACCAAUAUGCAGGCCGUCAUCGACGCCUUCGAAUCGCACCCUGAGUGCCAGCCUCCCAACACAAACCCCUCUAUCUUCUUUAGCUACGACUUCAUCCGUAACACUUACAACCAGCUGAAGCAGGUUGAUCCCGCCAAGUACGCUGCCGGCGACAAGGCCGCCCAAGCCGCCGUUCAGGAAAUCAUUGGCCGCAACAGUUUUGCUUCGAUCCUUGUCAACGAUACCUCUGGCAAGGUUGCUAUGAUCACCGGUGCCGUCGCUGCUUUGUAA